UUACUUUUAUUAUGGGAGGGGUUUAAGAGGAGCAAGCAAAUAAAAACUGGCAAGUCCACACAUCCAUCUAUUAUUUAUAGCUGCUUAUUCCAAUCCCGGGUCACGGACAUCUGCUGGAGCGAACCCUUUGCUCCCAUGGGGGCAAAAGACAGAGGCAGCUGAUAAGUCAUCGAAGUCUGACGGAGUUCAACGGGAGUUUGGACAAGAGUCAAAAAACCUCACAAGGUGCAGUCUAAAGAUAUGACAAUGUUGCUCAAGGUGAAGUACCAGCACACCAAGAAGUACAUCCGAUUAGAGUCAGGGUUCACAUAUUUGGAUUUCAUUGCUCAAGUCAAAUGCAAGUUUGAACUUCCUGCUGCUACCGAACUUGAUGCUUUUGAUGAAACUAACACAGUAGUUGAGGAAGACAUCUUUUCUGAACUGAUAGAGGCCAGUCCAGAUUUAUGCCUGACAGUACGUGACAGAAUUCCUAAUGCAGACCAGACGGAGGAGCGUGCAGCUGACACCGAGAGUGAUCCUUAUGAUGUUCAACACUCAGAUACCAACACAGAACAGGAGAUGGAAACCAAGUCCUCAUCAGCUGCAAACAGUGACAAAGUCAUGGCUCAACUCACACUCGUGUUGAUCGGUGACACAAACUCCAUCGAGAUUGGACCAAAAAACCUCUUACUUGACCGUGAUGAACAAACAAAUGUAGAACAGUUUUCAUCCAGACUGUACGACUUGUGUGGUCGACACGUGUCUGUCAUCAACAUGCUUGGUCUUCCCAGUGUUGAUAAAAUCCCUUCAAUUCAAACAGUUCAUGCCUUCAUCUUGCUGUUACAGAACGACCUGCACAGCCCCCGUUACAGAGCAGGAAUGAAGUGGUUAGAAAAAGCUUUUGGGGAACGACACACAGCUAAUGUAAUCACAGUUGUGACUCAUCAGUCUGAUGAAAAGUGUGAACUUGCCCUUACAAACCUGGAAGUUAAUGACAGUUUUUCUGAAAAGAGAUUCCACACAUGUACAAGAACCAUGAUGGAUGAAAAAGAGAUAAUAGAGCUUUUGGAAAAAAUAGAUGUCAUGGUCUCUGAGAACAACCCACCGUACUACAGCAGACACAUAUCUGAGGAAACUGGAGACCAGAAGGAACAACUCGACCAUAAAUCCCUCAAAGAAGAAGCCAGGACAGAUCAUCCUGCAGAUGGAAAGAUGGAGACUGCAGCUGAAACCAAGAUAAAAGAAACUGGUGAUGCUGAACACUCGGAGAAGAAGUCUGAGAUCAAGUCUGAUCCGUGUGAAACAAAGGAGAAAGACCAGACAGAGGAGCGUGCAGCUGACACCGAGAUUGAUCCUCAUGAUGUUCAACACUCAGAUAAAAACACAGAACAGGGAAUGGAAAGCAAGUCUGCAUCAGCUGCAAACAGUGACAAAGAUCAUCCUGCAGAUGGAAAGAUGGAUGCUGCAGCUGAAACCAAGAUAAAAGAACCUGGUGAUGCUGAACACUCGGAGAAGAAGUCUGAGAUCAAGUCUGAUCCGUAUGAAACAAAGGAGAAAGACCAGACAGAGGAGCGUGCAGCUGACACCGAGAUUGAUCCUCAUGAUGUUCAACACUCAGAUAAAAACACAGAACAGGGAAUGGAAAGCAAGUCUGCAUCAGCUGCAAACAGUGACAAAGAUCAUCCUGCAGAUGGAAAGAUGGAGGCUGCAGCUGAAACCAAGAUAAAAGAAACUGGUGAUGCUGAACACUCGGAGAAGAAGUCUGAGAUCAAGUCUGAUCCGUGUGAAACAAAGGAGAAAGAUCAUCCUGCAGAUGGAAAGAUGGAGACUGCAGCUGAAACCAAGAUAAAAGAAACUGGUGAUGCUGAACACUCUGAGAAGAAGUCUGAGAUCAAGUCUGAUCCGUAUGAAACAAAGGAGAAAGACCAGACGGAGGAGCGUGCAGCUGACACCGAGAUUGAUCCUCAUGAUGUUCAACACUCAGAUAAAAACACAGAACAGGGAAUUGAAAGCAAGUCUGCAUCAGCUGCAAACAGUGACAAAGAUCAUCCUGCAGAUGGAAAGAUGGAGGCUGCAGCUGAAACCAAGAUAAAAGAACCUGGUGAUGCUGAACACUCGGAGAAGAAGUCUGAGAUCAAGUCUGAUCCGUGUGAAACAAAGGAGAAAGAUCAUCCUGCAGAUGGAAAGAUGGAGACUGCAGCUGAAACCAAGAUAAAAGAAACUGGUGAUGCUGAACACUCGGAGAAGAAGUCUGAGAUCAAGUCUGAUCCGUGUGAAACAAAGGAGAAAGACCAGACAGAGGAGCGUGCAGCUGACACCGAGAUUGAUCCUCAUGAUGUUCAACACUCAGAUAAAAACACAGAACAGGGAAUGGAAAGCAAGUCUGCAUCAGCUGCAAACAGUGACAAAGAUCAUCCUGCAGAUGGAAAGAUGGAGGCUGCAGCUGAAACCAAGAUAAAAGAACCUGGUGAUGCUGAACACUCGGAGAAGAAGUCUGAGAUCAAGUCUGAUCCGUGUGAAACAAAUGAGAAAGAUCAUCCUGCAGAUGGAAAGAUGGAGACUGCAGCUGAAACCAAGAUAAAAGAACCUGGUGAUGCUGAACACUCGGAGAAGAAGUCUGAGAUCAUGUCUGAUCCGUGUGAAACAAAGGAGAAAGGUACCUUGGAUGGCGGUCUGUGUGGAAAUGAGAAGAAGCGACCAAGAAACAUUUCUGAAGAAAACAAAAAGACACAAAGAACAGAGUUUGAAGAAGUGCUCAGCAGACUUCAUCUUCUGGACAGAUAUCAACACAAGUUUUCACCAGCAGAUCUUGCUAAAAUAUGUCCAUCUGUGAAACAGAGCAAUGACACAUCUGAGAAAGAUCUGGCCCAAACUUUCCUUCAGAAGUUGAUGAUGUUAGAUUACAGAGCCAGAUACAUCCCUGUACGGAAAGACAGUUCUGAGGUGAACCAGUCCCAGUCUGUUCAGGUUUCUGACAGUGAUGACACAGAUGACAGUGAUUCAGAUGCUCUUUUUAGCACCGUUGUGAGAGAUCAGUCAAAGCAGUCUCAUGUUCAUCCAAUGGAUGUUCAGAUGGCAGUAUUUCACUGUUCAGACAGCUUCCUUAAGCAGAACAUGAUCACAAAGUUGUCACAAUGCCAGUACGCUCUACCUUUACUUGUUCCUGACCCUGCUGGACCAGAUAUUGAGUGUCCUCUGUGGGCCUUCAGACAAAUAAAUAAAACAUGGAAGAUCAGAGAUGAUUCAAACACUGUCAUCAUGAAGAGCAUGCCAAUCUGCAAAGCCAACAUUCCCAUGGUGACAUUUCUCCGUCUGGGUUCAUUGUCUCAGUCUAAAUCUCAGCUCAUGAACACGCUGAUCAAUGAACGUCACAACACGUUCUUCCAUCGAAACUGUCCAGGCAGCACCAAAACUCGUCAUCUGAUGGACGGUGUAGCAGAGAUUGCUUGGUACUGUCCUGCUGGAAAACCAGAUGAUUCCUUCACAGACUGCAUUGCUUUCUGUAAUCUUCAUGGAGAUUCUCUAUCGAUUGACAAACAACGUGAAAUACUGAUCAAAAUGUCUUCAGUUAUUGUUGUUCUUGUGCCAACCCUGAAAAAAAACGAAAGUAGUGCAGUCAUAUCGACCCUUUACAAAUCUGAAAAACCUCUAGUUGUCCUCGUUGAUGAUGAUGACUUUGAUGUAACUAAGAUGAAACCACAAAAAUACAAACUGGGCCUGAAAGACAGAAACCAGUCUGAUGUUUGUGAAGAGCUGAAACAGAUUAUUGGAAAGGUUUUGUCUGGACCACGUACAUCCUUCCAGCUUGAAUCAAUAGCUGAGGUUUCUGGAGUCAGAGUGGAUGAAAAUGACCCAGUUUGCCAAGCAGGGAAAUCUGCUGCCAUGGAAAUAUCAAAGCUGACUCAGGGAAUGGAUGUUUCCAGGAUCAAAGAUGAUCUUCUUCCUUGUCAAGGCCAGCUUUGGCAUGAUUGGUCCAAAAUAAACAAAGAACUGUAUCACCUCAAAGGAAACAUUGAGAAAGAAAAGAGCCAGAGGGAAAAGCGUCUGAAGAAGCUGCGGGAAGAACAACGUGCUGUUUCCUGUAGAAAACUGAUAGAGUCAAUCACUAAAAACCUCAUGAGUUUGUCACCAGAAGUCAAAGCGUUUUACCUAAAAUGGACUCAGAUCCAAAUAGAUGCCCUUUCCACAGAUGAUCUCUCUUUAAUUCUCCAAGAAUAUGAUCAAAAGUGGUCUGAGGUCCUGGCUUUAAAAAACAAGCAUGACAAGACAGCUCUGCUAAAGAAAAAGCAAACUGAGCUUGAACAGUUGUCAAAAAAGCUUCAAUCAGCAACGUUUGGUUUGGAGCACAUCUUCAGAGAGAUGGGACAGAUCUAUGAAGCUCACAAAUCUCAGGAGAAACAAACACAGAGGUCAAAGACUGAAUGGGAUAAAUACCCUGAACUGGCUGCAGAUCUGAUGAUAUCAGGACACCCGAUGGAGCUGAUGGAUGGAGAUGCAGGUCACGUGCCUUUAACGUGGAUCUCUAGUGUUGUACAGGAAGUCAUCAACAAACUGGGAGACCAGAGAGUUUUCGUCUUGUCAGUUUUGGGGGUACAAAGCAGUGGAAAGUCAACAAUGCUGAAUGCCAUGUUUGGGUUGCAGUUUGCAGUGAGUGCUGGCAGGUGCACCAGGGGUGCCUACAUGCAGCUGGUCAAACUGUCAGAGGAAAUCAAGGAAGACUACAUUCUAGUUGUGGACACUGAAGGACUUCGUGCUCUUGAGCUGGAAGGUGACACCACUCUUAAACACGACAAUGAACUGGCAACGUUUGUUGUUGGUCUGGGAAACUUGACACUGAUCAACAUCUAUGGUGAGAAUCCAGCUGAGAUGCAAGAUGUCCUGCAGAUUGUUGUUCAGGCUUUCAUGAGGAUGAAGAAAGUGAACCUUUCUCCAAGCUGUGUGUUUGUUCACCAGAAUGUUACAAGUAUUGCAGCUGCAGAGAAAAACAUGGACGGAAGGAGACGGUUGCAGGAAAAACUGGACAAGAUGGCUCAACUCGCUGCCAAAGAGGAAGUGUGUGAUGCUGAGUGCUUCAAUGAUGUCAUUAAAUUUGACAUUCAAAAUGAUGUGAAAUACUUUGCCCAGCUGUGGGAGGGAAGUCCACCAAUGGCUCCUGUAAAUCCAGAUUACAGUGAGAGUGUCCAAGAACUGAAGAACUUCAUCCUGUCCAAAGCUUCAGCGUCUGCAGGGAUCACUCUCUCACAUUUCAGCAGCAAAGUCAAGGACCUGUGGACCGCCCUGAUGAACGAACACUUUGUGUUUAGUUUCAAAAAUGCACAAGAAAUUGCAACGUAUAGAAGACUUGAGGUCCAGUAUGGGAACUGGACCUGGGACCUGAGGACCGAGAUGCUCACCAUUGAGAAUCAGCUUUAUCCCAAAGUUGAAAAGGGACAAAUUGACAAGGUUGAACUCAGUUAUCUUUCAAAAGAAAUGAGCAAAAGAUUUGGUGAAAUAACCAAAAACAUGGCUGUCUUCUUUGACAACGAUGUAGACAAAGAAAUCUUGGCUCAGUGGCAAGUCCGAUUUGAAAUAAAAAUAAAGGAGUUUCAUGACGAGCAUGUGAGUGGAGUCAAAAGAAAACUGGAUGAAGUUAUCCAGCAGAAUAAAGCUAGGAAGAAUCUUGAUAAGAAGACGACAGACUAUGAGAACAAUCUGCUGCAGAAGAGCAAAGAGCUCGCUCACCAGUUGAAAGGCAAGGCAAAAGAUGAAGAAGAACUGAAACAACAGUUUGACUCAGUUUGGGGAGGCUGGGUAACUGAAUUUACUAAAGGUACAAAACCCAUUGAGGACAUCAACUUGGAAGAAGAUCAGAAACAUGUUCUUCAGCUUCUUGGAUUUGAUUGGUCCCUCACUGAUGAGUCAAAAACGAGUGGGAGAUAUAAAAAGCUGUCAGAAGCUGGGAGUUACUGUGAUUAUAUAACCCACGCGAAAUCCCAUGAGUAUGAAAACCAACAGCCGGAAGAUGAUAAAAGAACAACAGACAAAAAACAAAAAGCCAAGAAAUCCAAACAUGAGGAGACAAAAACCGAGGACACAAGCUACGGGAAAAGAAUGAAAGUGGUCUGGAAUUAUACCAAAGAACAAUGGGAGAAAGUCAUCAAAAGAGAAACAAAAGUGGGAUUUGAAGAACAGCAACUGAUCAGAUCCCUCAUUGAUGAUGUUGAACAGAAGUCCCUGGAGUACAUUCAGAGUAAGCCUGUAGCAACUCAAGGCUAUAGUUCAGCUUAUCUGCAUAAAAUGGCCCACAAUGUCAAACAGGCAGUGACAGAAUUUAAUGCAGAGAAGAAAUUUCAACUUCAGAAGGAGUUUACAGUGGAUCUGUGUCUGUAUGUCUUUGACAAGGCAGAAAGCUGCAUUUUAAAAUCUCACAAGACAUACAAAGAGAAAAACGAUGCUCUGACCUAUUUGGACAGCAAGAAAAACGGAUAUUACAACAUUUUCAGGAGUUUCUGCAGAGGAAACUCGUCUGCUGUGGUUUUUGCAGAAAUGAUCUGUGAAAAACUGAAGGUUUCUGCUGUUGAGGCCGCCUGUAACACGACUGCCAUCCAUCUUGCUGGAGAUAUGAGAUCUAACUUCCCAGCAUUCACUGGAAACAGACUGGACCUGGAGAAGCAUGUGUUGAAGUCACUAGCAGAGAAAGAAGACUUCAGUAAGUUCAUCACCUACAUCACAAAUCCAAGGAAACAAGUGGAGGAUUUCAUAAAAGAAGAAGUAAAGAAAUACAUCUUCACAGAGCACAAAGAUGAAUCCCUGAAAAAACUCCAGAAGAAUGUGGAUGACAUUGAUAAACUUGUCAGUCAAUCUUUAUUUGAAGCAACAGAGAAAGUCAAGAUCAAGAAAGGAGACAUAGAAAUGUGGGUGGAGGAAUUUUCCAGAUUACUGGACAAUAAACUGACACUUGAUACCAUCAGUUGUCAAAACUUCAGUGACAUAAACAAUUUUGACUUUCUUAAAGAAGAGACUGAGAAAGCUCUUAAAUCCAUCAAGGAGAUGAAGCAACUCUCUCUGGAGGAAGUGACAGAGUUCAGACAGAAACCUGAUGAAAUCCUCAUUGAACAGCUGUGUAACUGCUGCUGGGAACGUUGUCCCUUCUGUGCAGCUGUUUGCACCAACUCAGUCGCAGACCACAUUAAGGACAAAGAAAAGGACAAACACAGUGCACCUUUUCAUCGACCUAAUGGAGUUCAAGGAUGGCACGGAAGAGGCACAGUGAAUCUGGUCAUUGAUUUCUGCACCACAUUAGUUGUGAGUGACAGACGUUUCUACCCCAGGCAUGAUAAAGACGAGAGGGUUCCUUAUAAACAGUAUCCAACCGCAGGGGAGAGGUUUGCAUCAUGGAGGAUUACUGCUGAUGAAUCCAAGCUGACAUACUGGAAAUGGUUUGUGUGUCGCUUUCAGAAGGACCUGGAAGACCACUAUGAGUUGAAAUUCCAGGGCAGUGGAAAGAUUCCUGGUGAUUGGAGAAACUGCAGUAAAGAUGAAGCUAUUGAAAGUCUUGAUGAAAUGUUCAGGUUGUGAGGAAACUGCACGUGUCAUUAAAAAAAGAAGAAAAAGGAAAAGGAAAGGAAAAUUAAUGUUAGCCAUGACUUUUUAUUUCUUUAUUCUGUUUUCUCUUUUAGCUUUAUUUCAACAUGAAAAUGUGAUCAAGCAUGGCAUUUAGAUUGUAGGUUUGUUUGGGUGUGAAAUAAAUAUUGAAUAGUUCAGAAUACUGAGCAAAUGUUGAAAAUGUCUCUGAUUUACUUUAUUUGACAGAAAUCAAAUCAGCUUAGAUAAGUGUCAGAUUGUACUUGAUGUUUCUAGUUGCAUCUGUCUGAUUACAUGACUUCAGAAAAAUUACAUUUAUUUGAAAUUUUGUUUUUUAUCAGCUUAAUUACUGUAAAGAAACCUGUGAUUGAGCAGCAACAAACUUUUUUGAUGUUUAUACAUGUUCCAUGAGUUUUAACA